UAUAGCGACCGGAGGAAAACGCGUACGUCGGGGUUUUGUGGGGGGGCCAAUCCGUGUGUGAGUAUAUGGCGGCAGGCUGGAAUCCCUCCGUACCAGAAUCCGGGACCAGAAGGAAAACCAUAAAAGCGAUUUUAGUUGAAAACAGUACUCGGCUGACUUUGGAAGCUGUUAGCGAGUGCUCCCCAUUUCGAAUUAUCUACCAAACGAAAUUCAAACACCGGCCGAACCGAUUCCAGAAUACCAGAAGCCCGUAAUAACCAUCAAACCGAUUUUGUGGAAAAAUUUUGACAACAACAUUUUCACGGUACAACUCGGCAAUAAAAACGUUGAACACCUCCCGAAGUGUGGGAUUGACCAGUGAAAUAAAAUCGCGUCCAUUAUAGAGUCCUUAAUAGAGUAAAGUGGUUGUUUUUUUUUCUCGCUCGUUGUUGGUCUCGGUUUUGGCCAACCCUCAUUCCCCAGCGGAUCGUGACUGUGACUGUGUACAAUCGGGGCAGGCAGAAAAAAAGUGACGCCCUUAGUGUUGUUCCAGGCCCCUACUGGAGCACGCGGUCGGUGGUGGUUGAGGCUUUUUUUUUGCUCACCAAAUUUCGGUUUGGUUUUUUCACUUUUUUAUCGCCGUUCGUGCAAUUCGAUUUUCAGCCUUCACCGGGAGGGAGCCACGCGUAAACAGUGUGAAUCCGUGUGAUGUUGAUGGCGAUGGAAAAAUAGCCGGGUGCGAACAAGACUAUAAAAAACCAACGCGCCAACACGCGAUUACGCGAUAGGUGGUGGGAUUUUUCACCGCCAAAAGCUGUGAGCGAGUGACGCCAGAGCAGCAAAAAAAAACUCGUAUCCUGACGAAAAUGUGAAGCGCUGAAUGGUGAAACAAAAAAAAACAACUCGUGAAAAUAUAUUUAUUUGUGAUUUGAUACGGAUACCGCAGAGUGGUGGUAUGCGUGAUCUGAGGGGUGACACAAUUGUGUGUUAAGUGACGAGUCAUCGGCAGUAUCCGAGUGGGAAAAAAAAGUUGAUGUUGAUAUUGUUGCUGUACACGAACACGGCCACGGAAACCUCGACACAGAGGUCACACACCACACCCCCAGAAAUAUUUCACACCCAAACAACUCGGCGUGCGGAGUGACAUCAGUCGGUAGCAGCGGCAAUCCAAUCCAUCUCUUCGUCAGGACUCGUCGAGAUAAACCGAAAACCGCAGUCGAAUGUGUGUUGUACGGUGUUGAUCAACAGCGCGCUGCUGCCCGUACACGGGAACCCAGAAAAGUGUUUACGCGUGUAGUAUCGUACCGUUGGUAGUGGUAAGAAGAGUUGCAAGUGGUGAAAAAAUUUAUUCGCCCAGAGCUGGCGGUUUGUGACGUACGAGAGAUUGAAUAGAAUAAUUUGUGGGUGGUGUACCAUCAGGAGACGAAAACGAGAAAAAAAAAACCGUAUCACGCUACUGCGGGGACAACCGUCGGCAGGUCUCAAGGGCGUUAUCAACAACAACCAGCAAGUGAGCAAAGAAACCUAGAGAAACCCUGUGUUGAUACUGCAUCAAAUUUUUCAACAAAACUGACUUGUACAUGAAUGUGCCAUCUUUGUGGAUUUUACGGCCGCCUCAAAAAAAAUUCAAACGAUGCCACGCUGAAAAGUUCUAGUGGCGAUUUCUGCCGCUGCAGCUGGGUCACACAAUAGUUCGUAGAGCUUUUGAAGAUUGCUGGCGUCUUGAAAGUUGAGGCUAUUGUCCGAAUGAAGCAGGUAGACCUCGACGAGAUGAGAAGCGUUGCCUAGCAGAUAGGAAAGCAGCGUUGGUGAGGCAUUUUUUUUCCUGUGUGGACUGAUCACUGCGACCGGAGAUUGGAUCUAUUGUGAUAUUGCCCAGAUGUUUUCUGUACUCCGCACUUCCUAUUAUUGGCAGUAUCACUAUUGAGAUGGAAAACAUCCCAUUCUGAGUACAACUUAUUCGCAGUGGGCAAAGUCAAUUAAAACGUCCAAAUAGUCUGCGACCGAAUUCGAUCAUGUAACAUAUUGACCGAGGAAAGCGAUUCACCAGUAUGAACAGAAUCGAAAUCACCAAACAGUGAAAAUACAAAAGAAGAAUCAGAAAGAGCAAAAAAAAUCUUAGUGACGGGUUGCAAAAAACUACGUGAUAAAAGCAUAAAUCACAGCGUGUCGAUAUUAAAAAUGCAUCUGACUACGAACAAUACGACGACAAACAGUGGUGGCAACACGAAUGCGAACAAUGUCAGCAGUAAUAAUAACAGCGGUAGUGGCGGCACGACAGUCGCCGGAAGUGGUGGAGCGUCCAGCAACAGUAACAAUAACAACAACAGUAGUAGUAGCAACAAUAAUAGCGGCAGCAGUGGCAACGCAGGCAGUGGCAAUAACAAUGGCGCAGCAGCUGGAGAAAAUGGUCCACCGUCGGCCGCCAGCAUACUCCAGGACACCUACACAAAGAUGACGUCCGAUAUACUGGCCGAACGGACGCUGGGCGAUUUUCUCUCCGAGCAUCCGGGCGAACUGAUUCGAACCGGGAGUCCUCUGUUUGUUUGCACGGUGCUGCCACCGCACUGGCGAUCGAAUAAAACACUUCCGGUUGCGUUCAAGGUCGUCGCGCUCGGGGACGUCGGCGACGGGACGAUGGUGACGGUGCGCGCCGGCAACGAUGAAAACUAUUGCGCCGAACUGCGAAACUGCACAGCUGUGAUGAAGAACCAAGUGGCCAAAUUCAACGAUCUGCGGUUCGUGGGGAGAAGCGGUCGAGGUAAGAGAAAAAGUUUCACCCUCACAAUCAUGGUGUCCACCAGUCCACCGCAGGUCGCGACCUACAACAAAGCCAUCAAGGUGACCGUCGAUGGGCCACGAGAGCCCCGAUCCAAAACAAUGUUAUCGUCACUUCUAGGACAGCAGCAGCAGUUCCACUUCGCCUUCGGCCAGCGCCCGUUCCACUUCCCGACCGAUCCGCUGUCCAGCUUCCGGAUGCCGCCAAUCGAUAUGUCUCAAUUCGGCCUCGGAACGGCCAACUCGCACUGGAGCUACAGUUCGACCGGACCCUACUCUCCGUAUCUAACGUCCUGCACCACUCCGACGGCAGCUCAGUUUAAUAACCCGGCUCUCGGAUUUACCUGCUCCAGUGGAGAACAGAACGCAGGCCAAGAUUUCACCAGCGCCGGUAGAGACUGUGUCCCGAUGCUCCCCGAUUCGACAGCUGCCGAUCUAGACCAGCAUUUGAGCAGCUUGGUAGGAACGCAGCAGACUGCUCAGAUGACGCAUCCCAGCUUGAUGGGUGGGAACGGAAGCACCAAUGCGGCUGGAAAUGGAACCAACGGCAGUGGAGUAACCUCCCAGGGGAACAGUAUAACGACUACGAACGGAUCGAAUGGGCUGCUGGUUCCACGUUACCAGAGCAACUCUAGCAACAACAACGAGUACUCUCUCCAUACCAGCCAAAGUGGUCCCCGUAGUCUUAGCGAUUCAUCUCAAGCGGAGUCCCCGGUUCAGGAAGAUCUUCUGACAUCCAAUACCCCGAACUUAGGAGGCAGUGCCAAUCAAAACUUCUCCAGUUUAGUGGUUAACCAAAGUCAAGCUAACUACGGAUCAAGCGGUGGAAGUUGCAAUGGAUCGCUUUAUCCGGUUCUUCCAGCGAGUCUGCUCUACUCCCAAUUGUACACCGCCGCCAAUCAAACUCACAGCUUCCACAAUCAUCCUCUCCAGAAUAGCCACGGAACAUCUCAGAAUGCUACGAUGCACGCUGGUGAACUGCAAAGUGUAAUGGAUCAUCUGGCUUCAUCCACGGUGAACAGCGGUCGUCAGCAUCCCAAUCUAAUGAGCAAUAAUCCGCACACGGAUCUUUCGCUGAUCGGAAACUGUGGUGCAAUGGCACGAGGGGCAUUGGAUGAAGCGGGGGCUCGCGCGCUAGCAGCUGGUGGCCGGGGAGUUCCACCGCAGGGUCAAGUCCAGUCUGAAAACGGGAACUCCGUAUGGCGACCAUACUGAGGAAAGCUUCAACCGUAGGGUUAACGUGCAAUAAUUCGCUUUCUACUCUUCGAGUGAAUGUUGUUGAUGAAUCAUGAACUGUGGUACUUGUUUUAAGUUAAGACCAGUGUUGCUACUUUUUUAAAAUGAAAAUUAUCCUCUCAAUGAUUUUAAUUUUAUGUACAUAGGAAAAUCUGUCCUUUGGCCCCACGGUUGAUGUAAGCUACACUAAAUGUUAUUUCCAAACCAGAUGAGGUAUAGUUUAGAACUGCAUUCUGCGAUUCCGUACGAUACAUUUUGCGUCGAAAAUCGAUUUUAUCGAAGAUUUUAAGCAAAGGAUAUAUACCGCUGUAAAAUUUUAUCUGUGUAAAAAAAAUUGAGAUUGCAUUCGCAGCGAACUGUUCCAGCCAAAGAUGUCCCCGAAUUUGUGACUCUGUAGGUUUUAGUAGUUACCAUGUGAUUAUCAACUGUGUGCUGUUACUAGAUGAGCACUUUUCUAUUUUUCACAACACAAAAAAAAAACAAAACAACACAAUGUCAAUCCCAAAAUAGCCAAAAAUAUCUAGCAGUAAGGAGGAAUUAGUAAAAAACAGUGAAUGAUCCCCAAAACGAUUGCAUAAGCUAGUAGCUAAAGAGCUCGCAUGUUCCCUUUUUUUCUCGAUGUGAAAUUUUUAGAUCAGGACAAUGUUGUGCAUAUGGUGGGUUAUGAGAAACGGUACAACGCCGGCUCGCGGCGGCGCCCAAAAACUGGUGUUGUAACAAACGCUCUAGUUCUAAUGUAACUAUCGUAGCAAUAUAAUAACUUCUAUGCUGUAAAAACUGGGAUUAAAUUAAUAAAUCAAUAAACGCUCAAA